CUCAAUCAAAGUCACUUCUUUUCAACGCUUCUCUCUCUCUCUCUCCACUCCACUCCACUCCACUCUCCAUGAACAUCAUUCAAACGCGCCAUUACAAUUAUCAUUACCAUUACAAUUAGCUCCCCUGUCUUUCUAUCUCUUAUAUAUACGCCGAGUUUUUCCAAUAAACAAAUGCCCCUUUAGCUGCUGAGAAAGAAGUGAGAAAAUAUAUCCUCGGGUUCGGAUCGGGUCGGUUUUGGAGCGGUAUGGAUCCGAUGAUGAAUGGCGGCGGUGGAGCUUUCCAGGUUGCUAAUAAUGUGCCGUUUAAUUUGGUGGAGAUCUGGCCGUUUCCGAUCAAUGCUUCCGCCGCCGCCGCCGCGCAGUUUGGACUGGGGGCGCCGCCGAAUGUGAGUGGUUUGAACCGAGAUCAUGGCCCGCCGGUGAGUGAUCCGAUGGCUCUCGACCGGAGAGUGGAUCAGAAUGGCGGCGCUGCUCGGAAGCGUCGCGAGGAUGAUGAGUCGGCUAUGGGAGUUUCGACUAGCGGCAACAGCCUGAGUGAAAAUGAUAGUAAACGGCUGAAGACUGCAAGAGCAAAUGAGAAUUGUGAAUUUAAAGCUGACAGUGAAGGGACUUCUGGAAAGCCAGCAGAACCACCAAAAGAUUACAUUCAUGUUCGAGCUAGGAGGGGUCAAGCAACCGAUAGUCACAGCCUAGCAGAAAGAGCUAGGAGAGAAAAGAUAAGUGAGAGGAUGAAAACUCUCCAAGAUUUAGUCCCUGGUUGCAACAAGGUUAUUGGCAAAGCAUUAGUCCUUGAUGAGAUAAUUAAUUAUAUCCAAUCACUACAACGCCAAGUUGAGUUUCUGUCCAUGAAGCUUGAAGCAGUUAACUCAAGAAUGACCCCUAGCAUUGAAGGAUUCCCAUCAAAAGAUUUUCCUCCACAAGCGUUUGACGCGUCUAGCUUGGCAUUUGGUUCACAAACUACAAGAGAUUAUCAAAGCGGAACAUCACCAGAUUGGUUGCAUAUGCAGAUUGGUGGUGGAUUUGAAAGAACUACAUGAGUAAAUAAUCCCUAGAGUUGCAAAUAUAAGCAGUAGGGGCCAAGGGGGUUAUAAAAACGCCACAAUUUAGUUCUAUUUCAUUUUAUUUAUAUUUUAAAAGAAGAAUAAGUGAUUUCUGGUGGAAAACUGAAAAUCAUUGGAAGUUCUGUACAAUUGCUAUUGAAAGUAUCUUUUGAAAAUCAGCUUCUUCCAAAGAGUUUAUAGGAAUUCAUUCUUGCCUGUGGAAAUGGCUACAAUUUGCCCUUUA